UGCCUGAAUUAAGCGUACCAUAAUUAAUUUCUAAAAAAAAAAUAUAUUUGACGCCCAUACUGAAUCACAAGAGUCGAAUUUACAGGGUCCAGAUCGGGAUUGCAGGGUGUACGCCAUCAUUCACAGCGGCCAGUACAGUACCACUUCCAUAUUGUGAAAGGUCAUCUAGGAUCAAAGAUGGCCUCCAACACUGGUCCAGGAUACAAGCCUCAGUAUGGAGCCCAUAGCAGUGCUACUAAACUGUGGGUGCUGAUCAACGUCAUAACCUGCGUCUUCUUCACACUAGCAGGUUUAGUCCAGAUUAAUGACCAAGACCCAUAUUUAUGGAUGCCUGUGUACCUCAUACCUGCUGCUCUGUGUUUCUCUAUCGUAUGGAAUGCUGAUAUUGUUGAGAAGGGUUGGUGGAGGAUGAUAGCUGUAGGACAUCUCAUUGCUUGUUUUAUCUGUACGUGUGUCUUAGGAGCAAUGGUUAUUCAUUAUAUGGAAGAUAGAGUUAUGAAUCCUCUCAGAUAUGAAGAAGGAAGGGAGCUCAGUGGUGUCUUGAUAGUGGAUGUCUGGUUAAUAAUCUGCUUAUGUCGUUGUUGUGGAGUAGUUAAAAAUGGUACAUCAACAGGGCAGAUCAGCGUGGUUAUGUGGCUAACACUCAUCAUAAGUCUAAUGCCGAUUGUUUUCUGGGGGAUGUGCUGCUUCUCGCGGUUCAACCAUUGCAUGGAUAUGUGGUGACUAGUCCCUUCCUCUUGGUCAGGUUAGAUACCCAGCCACUGAGACCAAGAACUAUUCCUCAUUAUCCCAUCAUGAGGGUUAUGAUGCAACUAUCAGACCUUCCACUGCAGUAUUCUUGGACAAUGUUCAUCAUGUAUUUGUAUAUAUUUGAAAUUGGACGUGCAGCAUCCAUUUGGGAUUCGGCUACACAUCGUAAUUACGAAACAUGUAAAUUGCCCAUACCUCGAUGUUCGUUAAUCCGAAAACGUAAAAGGGUCUGUUAAUCCGAACAUUUGUGGCGUUAUUCCGAAGGUUCGUUAUACUGAAGGUUCGAUAGUCUGAAAACGAAAUAAGGUUCAAUGUUUCGAAGGUUCAUUAGUCCGAAAACGAAAUGAGGUUCAUUGUUCCGAUAGUUCGUUAAUCCGAAAACGAAAUAAGGUUCGUUGUUCCGAAGGUUCGUUAGUCCAAAAACGAAAUAAGGUUCGUUAAUCAUUACGUUUUCGGAUUAACGAACCUUCGGAAUUACGAACCUCACUUUGUUUUCGGACUAAAGAACCUUCAGAAUUACGAACCUUCGGAAAUACGAACUUUCGGAAUAACGAACCUUCGGAAUUACGAAUGUAUGCGUUGGAAUUCAGUCUUGAAUAGUUCGGAUCCCGCGUUGGAUACAUUGCACAGCAAGAAGGGCCAGUGCUACUAGGCCAUCUGGAGUUCUAUUCUCUAGAAGAAGUGGAUAGACUGUUACAUGGUCAACUCGACUCCAUACGACAGGUGGUAUCAUUCUCUUCAUCAUAACCCCCUCUUUUUCGCAAGCAGACACACAAAGUCAUGGUGACUCUCAUUAAAGUGUGUUGAAAGAAACCUGUUUGCAUUUUGAUUGUAAUUUUCAAUGGAAAUUGAUUUUAGUAGAGCUAGUUAUUUUAGAGUUUAAUUUUGACUGACGUAUGAUUGAUUUUUGGGACAUAACGUUGACUUGUAAUUUCUUGCAACAUCCCUUACAGUUUGAAUAUUAUGCUACUUAUAGUUAGAAAAUUGAUUCCACCACGUUUCAAUUCGCUUAACCAUUUGUGAAAAUCUGACAUUUUUCAAGAAGACGACAAGAAUAUUAAAAAGCUGUGGAUAUAAAAAAAAUGAGAUUGUCAAAUCUAUGCAAAACAACCAAAUUGUUAAAUAUGCCAAGCAGGUCUAAAAGAUAUUACCGGUAUAUACAGAAUAGUUUCUUAAUUAUCAUGGACUAAAAUGAAGGCUAAUUUUGAAGUUUGAAAAUAACAGCAUACACAAGGAAUCAUGAUAUAUUAGAUGAUUCAGUGCUGAACAGGUAAAUUGUUUUAAAAUUUAAAAUAUAUUGAAAAUUAAAAAUAUAUUGAAAAUU